UGUUAUCGAGCGUUAACGCAAAACCCGCCACACACGCAGGAUGCGUUCGUUCUAAUAAAGGGCACAUUUUAAAUUGAAAUUCUCUCUGAACAAGGAUGCUGCGAUUUGGCAAUUAUCGAGGAUUAAUCGCAAGAUGAAUUGUCGGCAAAAUGGAGCUAAAAUUUAUCAGUCUGUUGCAUGUUUACUGACGGUAUCGUUUUCUUUGGUUUUUGUUAAUGCAUCAUAUAAAACCGUGUGCUAUUAUGAAUCCUGGGCGGUGUAUCGCCGAGUCGAUUCCAGACUGGGUGCAGAGUUUUCCCUCAGCCCACCACCAUGCACGCACUUAAUUUAUGCUUUCGCCAUUAUUAAAGACGGAGAAAUUAUUUCUUUUGAUCCACAAGUUGACCUGGAUGGGACGGGUCAGUAUGGCGGAUACCAGAAGUUUAAUCAAAUUAACAGAGGGUCAAAACCGAUAAAAACAUUACUGGCGGUGGGCGGGUGGAAUGCCGGCUCGAAAGAGUUUUCCGACAUGGCCAGUUCGUCUGACACGCGCGAAGCUUUUGCUCAACAAGCUAUUACGUUUCUGCGGAAGUACGGCUUUCAAGGAUUAGAUCUCGACUGGGAAUAUCCGGCUGACCGUGAAGGAUCGCGUCCGGAAGAUAAGGAUAACUUUUCUGAUCUGCUGCAAGAUUUGCGCAAUGCUUUUGAUGCCGAGCAGCUGGAGAAUGGACAAGAACGACUUCUCCUAACAGCAGCCAUUUCGCCACAUCCGGAUAAAUUUGACAAAUCUUACGAUUUGAAAUCUCUCGGAAAGUACGUAGACUUUGUGAAUUUAAUGACGUAUGACUACGCGCGAGCGUCGUGGUCAUCGGAAAUCAAGCCCCAUAAUCCACUGACGAAACGACCGGAAGAUACAUCGUGGCAGUCGCAGCUGAACGCGGAAUGGGCGUGCCAGCGUAUGCUGCAGGAGGGAGUACCCAGUGAAAAGAUAAUUUUGGGAAUUCCCACAUAUGCCGUUACAUUUCGAGUGUCACGCGAUGCAGCGCCCGUCGUGCACGGCUCACACGAGGGAUCUGGCGAUGCCGGACCGGUCACCAAGGAGAAGGGUUAUUUGGCGUUUUAUGAGAUAUGCAGAAGAAUGAAAUUGGAAAAGGGUUGGAUUAGUGCCAUGGAUCCAUCGGGUGUGCCUGUUUGUUACCGAAAAAAUGAGUGGGUCUCGUAUGAAAACCCGAAAUCAGCCCGCUCUAAGGCUCUGUAUAUCAUGCGGAACAAACUGGGCGGAGCUAUGAUAUGGUCAUUAACGACUGAUGAUUUCAAUGGAUUCUGUUAUGGAAAGAAGUUCCCGCUGGUUCAAACGUUACGUGAUACAUUCGAUGCCGGCUCGAAAUUAAUGAAUCGUGCUUAUGGGAAUGCGUAUGAUUAUUCCGAAACAUCGAGCAGCCAAAAUAUUCCGCAGUACUGUGUUGCGGAUAUUACAAAAAAGAAGGCAACUAGUGCGCCGGAAACAGGCGCAUGUACAACGCAGGUCUACUGCCCAAAAAUCAAGAAGCCGUUCCUUCCUUACGAAUAUUCAUGUGUUCAGGUAUUAGGAAAGUGUUCGUAUCCUAAAAUGCAAAUUUGUGAUGUACCGCGACUUGCAGCGUCAACUGCGCCUAAAUACGCUUUAUAUCUGGACACCGGGAAGCCUGUAAAUAUUACUUGCCGCAUUAGUGCAUCGACCACUCCUAGCGCAGAGGUCACUGCAGUGACUGUAGUUGAAAAGUGCGGGAAGCGGAACUUUGUCUGCGAAUCCAAUCAGCUCGGUGGUUUUAACAUCAUCGAUUAUUUCUGUCCUCCGUAUUCCGACUUUGACACGACUUUGCGAGUAUGCAAACUAUCCGAAUCAGCAGACCCCGAUAUGGAAGAUGAUUCGUGCCAACUCCGCGGAAAGCAUUACGCCACCUGUUGUCAAGCCCAAGUACAAAGAAGUGAUUCCGCCAAAAUCUGGAUAUUACGGCGAACGACGACCGGUAUGUCCGUGUUGCCGCCACAACAGCGACUAAUAUUCAAAGGUGACCGCAAUGAUGAUGCAUUUUCGAAACUAAAUGGCAACGAUAACGGUGACAACCGAUUGCAACAAACUGGAGAUGAUGAGCUCGGCCCAAAACAGCUUCCACCGGCAAAGAUCGUACCAUCUACAGUUGUGAAAAGUGUACAAAGAAUUCCCAUUACGCCACCACCAGUACCGUUCAUGAAGAAGAAUAAUGUCAUAAGCCUCGAAGAACAACUGCGCCGCAGUAAUCUAGAAGACCAGCUUCAAGGAAACAGUGCAUCCAUACCUCAACUGCCACCACCGGAGACCGCUACCGAAGCGGCAGAUUCUGCACCUGUAAUUCCGGAGACUUUAGAACCUCCAUUGCUUCCGCCGCCACCGCGGAAGUCUGUACCGAAACUUUUCCUCCGCGAAAAGUCGCAGCGCGUGCAGUACGUGAAAGCACCCGGCAGUAAACAACAAUCCUUCGGUACCUGCUCUCCCAUCGGCAGCCGACUACAGAAUCCAGCCAAACCAUGCAGUUCCAGUUUCCUGCUGUGCUUGACGCCUUUCACUCAGCUAGAGUUUAACUGUGCUAAAGGUUUGAUAUUUGACCAGAGUCAGCAGAUUUGUGUUCCUAAAGGUUUGGUGCCUUGUUAAUUUUUGAAGAAGAAUACCGUACUUGUUUUCUCACAUUAUAAAGGCCGUUCGUGUUUAUAAACAUUUGAUAAUUUAUAGUUUCAAACAGCCAACAAAAUACAGCAGUCUGAUUUUAUUUGUUUUCAUUCGGCACAUUAUAUGACUGUGCAAUAUGCAUAAAC